GUUUGAGGAUUGAUGGCUGAAUUGGACGAAGCAGCGUUGUUAGGUGACGGUAACGAACAACAUGAUGGUCCCAUAGACGAGAAUGCGUUGCUGGAUGGAAAAGAGCUCAAGGAAGAAGAUAUUGACGAUCUGUACGAUGAAGCGAUUGCACCCACAAAUUCAACGGAAUCAGCAAAACCUGUUUCACCAACAAUCACCACUGUGACUGCUCCAACUGCUGGAAUUGGUGCAAAACCAGCGACGUCUUCGGAAGGAAGAAAAUAUUGCUGCUACGUGGGAAACCUUCUCUGGUAUACUACAGAUGCUGAUUUAUUGAAAGCUCUUCAAUCCACCGGCCUUGCACGAUCUCAAUUCGCUGACAUGAAGUUUUUCGAGAACAGAACGAAUGGACAAAGCAAGGGAUAUGCUUUAUUGGUUUUGAAUUCUGAUGCUGCGGUAAAACAAACUAUGGAGAUUCUCCCAACUAAAACUAUCCAUGGCCAAAGUCCAACUGUUUUGUCGUACAAUAAAACGAAUCAGGCAAAGCUGGAAGAUGCGCAAGCAAAAAAUCAGACCCGUCCAGACGUCAAGAAAAAGGGUUUCGAAGAAGGAUGUGUCAAUAUGGGAACUAUUCGUAUUGGAGCUGGAGGGCAAACUGGUCGAACUGGAACAAGUGUCUCUGGUAGAUCUGGACCUCCACCUCUCAUGAUGCAGCAAGUUCGACCAACUCCUUUGAUGAGCCAACCUACAUCUCUGCCAAGCAAUCUAAAUCAAGCUCCUCAAAUGCGAUUACAAAUCAACGGACAACAAGUUCCAUUAAUGAACCGUGCUCCUGUGCCACAACAAACAAUGUUAGGAAAUGGACCAUUAGGUGGAAUGAAUCAACAAAUUCAACAACAACCUCAAAUGAUGAUGGGACAACAAGUUCGACCAAUGAUGCAAACAUCAAUGGGAAUACAACCAAUGAUGGGAAUGAAUGCACCACCUCCAAUGAAUAAUCAAUUCCAGAAUAGUUCUAGACCACCACAACUUGGUUCAAUGGGUGUUCAGCCACUUAUGCAAAUGAAUACAGCUAUGCGUCCUCCUAUCAACGGUCUUCCACCAGUCCAUGUCAAUCCACAGAUGUUCCCCGGACUUCAAGGAACAGUUUUAUCUGACGCUGAGUUCGAAGAUGUAAUGACAAGAAAUCAAACUGUAUCAUCGUCAGCUAUAGCUCGAGCAAUAACUGAUGCAUCUGUUGGAGAUAUUAAAGGAGCAUCUGAGACUAUAUUGACAGCAAUUCAAUUGAUUAAAAACAGUCGAAUUGGACAUGAUGAAAGAUGCAGACAAUUGGUUUAUGGAUUGGAACACACACUCAAAGGCCUUGAAUCAAAAGGAUAUUCGUCUCGUUCAAAAUCACAUCGUGAUCGUUCAAGAAGUCGCGAAAGAGAUCGCAAAAGAAGAAGACGCAGUCGCACUCGCUCACGCUCAUACUCGCGGUCACCAUCUCCACGCCGUCGUCGUUAUUAAAUAACACGACUUUCUUCAAAUUCAAGAUUAUUUCUAUUUUACUCUUCAAUUUUCACUUUUUCAACAAUUUGAUCCAAAAAUGUUAUAUAAUCUCUAAAUUUCAUUCUCAAUGUUCACUGGUCGAUUUCGAUUUAUUCUCACUUGCAUACGGGAUCUGCUCACUUGUACUCUAAAAUUGUCCAGCAGCAUCCACGUGGCAUCGAGUUCAAAUCGGAAUCGUCAAAAAAAAUCCCCGCAAAAUCCUCUCAACAGAAAUUUUUUCUUGAUCUGAAAUUCACAUUUUGUUUUCUAAAAUUUCCAAACAUUUUAAAUGAUUAAUUGUAAUUCGAGCACAUUCGAUGAAAAUUCAUUGAAUUUGUUGACAAUUGUGUUGUGAAUCCCGUUUCAAUUCUUCAAUAAGAAUUUAAUUGAAUACUGGCUAUCUUCCAACUCAACAAUGAUUCGUGUACACAUUUUCUCAUCAGUGCUCACUAUUGGAUUAUCUUUUAUAAACGUUGUCUUUAAAAGUUUUGUUUAAUUUAAUAAAUUGCAAAUAAGAAAU